UGUGAGGGCGAGUCUGCGCAGUGGCCCUUCUCCGAGCAUCACUUGGAUACAGUUCGUUCUGAAAGCUUGAGACAUUGUAACCUGAGAGAGAGACAAACAUGACCAUCAGAAACUUCAAUCAAGGGCAACAAUACCGGCCUCGAAUGGCUUUCCUGCGUAAGAUUGAGCCUCUGAUAAAGGAGAUGCAGGAUCCAAAUACUGGAAUUAAAACCCAAACCCAGAGGCUGAUAAUAACUACAAUCCCUCAUGCGAUGACAGGGCAAGAUGUGCUGGAAUGGCUGAUUCAGCGCCUGCAAAUUACAGAUGAAGAAAGCUACAUCUUGGGGAAUAUGAUUGUGAAGCUUGGCUACAUUUACCCCUUACAGGAGCCCAGGAACCUGGUCCUGAAGCAUGACAACAGUCUUUACAGGUUCCAGACUCCUUACUUCUGGCCCACUCAGGAAUGGCCAGCGGAAGACACAGAUUAUGCAAUUUAUUUGGCAAAGAAAAAUAUAUGCAAGAAAGGUUUAUUGGAAGAAUAUGAGAAGGAAAAUUACAAUAACUUGAACAUGAAGAUCAACCACAAGUGGGAUUUUAUCAUCAUGCAGGCAAAGGAACAAUAUCGGGCUGGUAAAGAACGUAAAAAGGCUGACAGGUUUGUUCUGGAUUGUCAGGAGCGAGCGUACUGGCUAGUGCACAGACCAGCGCCGGGAACUCUUGACGUCCUCGAUUAUGGGAUUAACCGUGCAACAGACCCGAAUGCAGAUAAGAAGAAAACAUAUGAUUAUUACAGGAGAGAGAUUCUGUACUAUCAACAGGCCCUGGUCAGAUCCAGGGUGAAGUCUUCUGUCUCCCUAGGAGGAAUGAUGAAAUACUGUGAGCAGUAUUUUACCCAUGACCCUAUAAUGUCAGGAUGCCUCCCCAGCAAUCCUUGGCUCACUGAUGACACAACAUUUUGGGAACUCAACACUCCAAUGGCGGAUAACCCAACAAAGCUGCGAGUGGAGCGCUGGACCUUUAGCUUCGCGGAGCUAAUGAGGGAUCUCAGAGGCCGUCAGAAUUUUGAGCUGUUCCUCAAAAAGGAAUUCAGCGGAGAGAACUUGGCAUUCUGGGAAGCGUGCGAAGAUUUAAAGCAUGGAGAACAAUCAAAGGUUAAAGAAAAAGCUGAGGAGAUUUACAAAACAUUCCUGGCACAGGGUGCAAGGCGUUGGAUUAACAUUGAUGGGAGAACCAUGGAGAUUACUGUGAAAGGCCUGCAACACCCACACCGUUAUGUGCUGGAUGCUGCACAGACUCACAUCUACAUGCUGAUGAAAAAGGAUUCAUACCCUCGUUUCUUAAGAUCCCCCAUUUAUAAGGAGAUGCAGAGUAAGGCUCUUAUUCCUGAAGAGACCAAGCCAAAAAGUAACUUUCCCUUCAUGAAGAGACACAGACGCUCCAGUCCGAGUCCUGUCAUCUUGCGGCAGCUCGAGCAGGAGGCCAGAGCGAAAGCAGCUGCCAGUGGCCCGAAGGUGGUCGAUAUUACACAGAUAUGUAGGUUUACUGCACCUGUUUCCCACCUGACGGUGUACACAGGCCUAUGUAUCUCACCUUGUUCCCUGAGUCCAUCCUUAUCCAAUCCUGCCAACAGUGAUCUGCCCUUCCGCACACCCAGGUACAUCCCAGUAGCAAAUAGUGCCUUCUGCCCCUCACCGAUCAGUGUCGCAUUAGACAGUACCCCAACAACGGGAAGAAAAUGGCAGCAAAAUCAUUUGGUCUCUAAUCAAUUUUCCUCAGUUGCUGAAAAUACUGAGUUGUCUGUUGAAUCUGAAUCAAGCACCUGCAACCAGAUACCUGGGCCCGUGGAAACCAAACCUUCUCAGAAAUCCAAAAUGACUCUGUCCUUCAGCAGGUUUUUGAAACGGGGAUUUUCAAAUUCACCAGUCUUUGCAACAUUGUCUCCCAAAUGCAUCUCAUUGAACAAUCGAAAAAUCCAACCUCUGAAUGGGGCAGAGAAGCAGCUACAACAAAAGACAAGAAGAAUGUCCAAUUUUUUCCAAAUCAAAGUAGAUAUGCCAUCCGAGUGCAGAAUUUACCCCAUAGAUUCUGAGGACGAGGAUGAAGAUUGUCAUCGUACCUACAAGGAUUCUGUGAAUGAAGUCAUUUGUCCCUGGGAGAGCGUGGCAGAGGAAAGUAAUGCAGGAUAAUGGGAGUUCAAUUUAAGACCAAUGGACUAUGAGAUACCUAAGUACUUGAGUUGUCUUAGUGUGAAGAAAGCAGCUAUUCUGCUAAUUUAGCAAAAGCUGUUAAAGAAACACUCAACGUGAUAGUGGUAUUUUGUUUGUCACAUUCUUAAAUUCCUUCUUUUAUUAAUGACAAAUUUUCACUUCCAUUUCUCUUAGUAGAGCACUUCUGUUCCCUCACUUAGACCAUUCAGGUUGCCUGAAUUCUGCCACGAGCUGUGGGGAACUAAAACUAUAGGCGCAAAGUAGAACAUUGACCCUAUAGAAGUGAGAUUUAAAAAUAAGAAUUGGAAAACUCCACCCAAGAAAAGAAUGUCACUGUAACCUGGACAGUCUAGCAGCAUAGGGAUGGAUAUAAUAAUUGCAGAGUGAAAUGUUGCAAUGCAAUAAAAAUAGUUUCAUUUCUUUGUUUAUUUUCCUUUGAGGUUCAAUUUAUAUAUCACAGUAUUUCUUGGAUAAUAAUAAUCCUGAGUGCCCUAUUGUUUAAGGAUUAUACCUGCUCUGAAUGUACAUGGAACUAAAAGAUUUGGUUCCAGCUAUGUAUUUGUAAUCUUCCUGUAUAAAGGGAUCAGUUAUGAUCUUGCUGGUAUUGGCACUGUUUAAGUCAUAUGCAUUUUUAUUAUAUACAUUUCUACUUUUAUAAAUAAAAAGAAAGACCUGCACUUAUAUAGCUCACAAUGUUUGGAUGUUCCAAAGAGCUUUCCAGUUAACACAGUGCUUUGAAGGAUAGUCACUAUUGUAACAUUGCAAAUAAUAUGUGAAAGUGUAUGAACAUGAUAUACUUGGCAUUGACCAAUGCUGUAACUUGUUAAGACACCAGAGUCUUUCGGAUGUUCUAGCAUACAUGCGACACUUAAUAAUCUGAAUUACAAAAGCAAAAUUAUGCACAGUUUAUUUUCUGACUUUAUUUGAAAGCAAAAGGUAUGAGUCUAAACGUAGUUAGUAACAGCACUACCUGUGAAGUCCACCAAUUACAUUAUACAAUGAUGUGAUAUUGAUAUAGUAGGUGAUAAUUAGUAGAAAUAAAACAAAACAAUAGAUCUUUAUGAAAUCAUGUGAAUGUAUUGACAAGAUUACUCAUUUGUAAGCAUAAUUAAAUAUCUAUUAACAUCUGGAAGAUGCUUGUAAGCAUCAAUUAGUCCAAAUUUUAUGAAUGAAUUUGAGAAUGUAAACUAUGCUUUCUGUUACUAGUCCUGAUGCUGUAAUUCUAUUGUACAAGUGCCUAAACAGAGAGUUUAUUUAUUGUGAUUUUAGUAAAUUUAUAUCCUCUUUAUUUCUUAAUCAGUGUGAGUGCAAGUACUUCAGAUUGAGUUGCUCCUAAAAGUGUUCCUGUUUGUAAGGUAGUCUGGUGAUAAAUUAAAAAGUAUUAUUUCAAAGUGUUUGUGAUCUCAGUGUGGGUCUCAUGUUUUUUGACAAAUUUUAUUGAAAUCAGUGGAACUAUUAAAUAUUCUGUCUCACCCACCAUGUAGACAUCUGAUAUAUUGUGAAGCCAGAUUUCCUGGAGACCUCACAUGGAGGAAUACCUUACAGGAUGAAGGUAGCCAGGUGCCUUCAGCCCCUGCCAUUCCCCGCCACAGACUCUGCCUGUCCAUCCCUCACCUCCAGCCUCUCUCCCAUUCAACAUUCACCCAGUCUCGGCUGCCUAUUAGAAUU